CGCGGCAUCGGUGCCUGGAGCGCGCUGUUAUUGCAAGUCAGGACUCUGCGGCUGUCUGUCUGUCCGGUGUCUGUCUCUGUCUCUGCGCAUCAUCCAUCCUCCUCCGGGCUCUGCAAACAGGGCUGCAAUCUCUCUCCCACCGAGUCUGAGAAGCACCCAUCAGUCCUCUUUCUGAACCGUGUGGUGCUGCAGCUGCAGAGAGGAGAGAGAGGAGGAAGAGGCCUGCAUCACUGCGGUUCAUCCGGUUUAACCAUGGCGCAGAGGAGGACAUACUCUGCUUGGAUGAAGGGCGCGUUGUGCAUCUUAUAACCUGGAGGUUUCCUCAAGUUUAUCACCUUUAAUCCUCUUAUUAUAAUGAUUUAAAUCCUUGUUUUGGACGCAGGGAUCAUCAUCAAGGCCCUUCAGUUUGGGCACCACCCUGCUCCAGAAAUAGACUUUGUUGUAUUUGUUUAUCUGGAGGUUUAAGCAGCAGCAUCAGCAUCAUGAUGGAUGCUGCAGAGUGCGGUGUGAGGGUGAUGUGUCGCUUCAGACCUCUGAACGAGUCCGAGAUCAACAGAGGAGACAAAUACAUCCCCAAAUUCAAAGAGGACGACACAGUGGUCAUAACGAGUAAACCGUACGUGUUCGACCGCGUGCUGCCUCCAAACACGUCACAGGAACAAGUGUACGACCAGUGUGCCAAACAGAUCGUUAAAGAUGUGCUGGGCGGCUACAACGGGACCAUCUUCGCCUACGGACAGACGUCGUCCGGGAAGACACACACCAUGGAGGGCAAACUGCACGACCAGCAGCUGAUGGGGAUCAUCCCUCGCAUCUCCCACGACAUCUUUGACCACAUCUACUCCAUGGACGAGAACCUCGAGUUUCACAUCAAGGUUUCCUAUUUUGAAAUCUACAUGGACAAGAUCAGAGACCUGCUGGAUGUGUCAAAGACGAACCUCGCUGUGCAUGAAGACAAAAACAGAGUGCCCUAUGUCAAGGGUUGUACUGAGCGCUUCGUGUCCAGUCCGGAGGAGGUGAUGGAUGUCAUCGAUGAGGGCAAAAACAAUCGGCAUGUGGCAGUGACUAACAUGAAUGAGCACAGCUCUCGCAGCCACAGCAUCUUCCUCAUCAACAUCAAGCAGGAGAACAUGGAGACGGAGAAGAAGCUGUCGGGGAAGCUCUACCUGGUCGACUUGGCGGGCAGCGAGAAGGUCAGUAAGACGGGAGCAGAGGGCGCCGUGUUGGACGAGGCCAAGAACAUCAACAAGUCUCUGUCGGCGCUGGGAAACGUCAUUUCAGCUCUCGCAGAGGGAACGAAAUCCCACGUGCCGUACAGAGACAGUAAGAUGACCCGGAUCCUGCAGGACUCUCUGGGGGGAAACUGUCGCACCACCAUCAUCAUCUGCUGCUCGCCGUCCGUCUACAACGAGUCCGAGACCAAGUCCACGCUCAUGUUUGGACAGAGAGCCAAGACGAUCAAGAACACGGUGUCGGUGAACCUGGAGCUGACGGCGGAGGAGUGGAAGAAGAAAUACGAGAAGGAGAAGGAGAAGAACAAGAACCUGAAAACCAUCAUCCAGAGGCUGGAGGCUGAACUCAACCGCUGGAGGAACGGAGAGGACGUUCCUGAGGAGGAGCAGCUGAGCUCUAAGGAUCAGAAGACCGUGGAGCCGUACGACAACACGCCCAUCAUCGACAACAUGCUGCCGCCCGGAGGAGGCGUCGCGGUCCCCGGCGAUGAGCGGAGCAAAUACGAGGAGGACAUCAGCAACCUCUACAAACAGCUGGAUGAUAAGGAUGAUGAGAUCAACCAACACAGUCAGCUGGCUGAGAAACUCAAGGAGCAGAUGUUGGACCAGGAAGAGCUGCUGGCGUCGACGCGGCGCGACUACGAGAAGAUCCAGGAGGAGCUGUGCCGGCUGCAGACGGAGAACGAGCUGGCCAAGGAGGAGGUGAAGGAGGUGCUGCAGGCUCUGGAGGAGCUGGCCGUCAACUACGACCAGAAGAGCCAAGAGGUGGAGGAGAGGGACCUAGCCAACCUGCAGCUGAUCGAGGAGUUGCAUCACAAGACGGCAUUGCUGUCAGCGGUGCAGAGGGAGCUGAAUCAGCUGCAGGAGCUGAACGGCCUCCAGAGGAAGAGAGCCGCCGAGGUCCUCAACCUGCUGCUGCGUGACCUCAGCGACAUUGGCACCAUCAUCGGCACCAGCGACGUGAAGACCGCCGCGUCCUCAGAGGCGAAGGGCAACGGCUCGGCGGUGGAGGAGGAGUUCACCGUGGCUCGCCUCUACAUCAGCAAGAUGAAGUCCGAGGUCAAGUCUCUGGUGAACCGCAGCAAGCAGCUGGAGAGCGCUCAGGCCGACGCCCACCGCAAGAUCCAGGCCAAUGAGAAGGAGCUGACGUCCUGUCAGCUACUCGUCUCCCAGCACCAGGCCAAGAUCAAGUCUCUGACUGACUACAUGCAGAACAUGGAGCAGAAGAAAAGGCACCUGGAGGAGAGUCAGGACGCUCUGUCCGAGGAGCUCGCCAAACUUCAAGCUCACGAGAAAAGACACGAGGUGUUAGGGGAGGACAAAGAGAAGGAGGACAUCAGCAGACCGGAUGGAGAUGAGGACAUUAAGAAAACGCUGGAGGAGCAGCUGGAGAACCACAGGGAGGCUCACCAGAAGCAGCUGAGCCGCCUCAGAGACGAGAUCGAAGACAAGCAGAGGAUGCUGGACGAACUCACAGAUCUAAACCAGGGUCUGUUACUGGAGCGGGAGAGACUGAUGUUGGACUACGACAAACUGAAGGCUGAAGAGCAGGAGAAGGAUGCAAAGCUAGAGAAACUCAUAAUGCUGAAUGAACAGAGAGAGCAGGCCAGAGAGGACCUGAAGGGUCUGGAGGAGACUGUGGCCAAAGAGCUGCAGACUCUGCACAACCUGCGCAAACUCUUCGUCCAGGACCUCACCACGCGGGUCAAGAAGAGUGCAGAGCUGGAUUGUGAGGAGGGACUUGGCAACGUGGCCCAGAAACAGAAGAUCUCCUUCCUGGAGAACAACUUGGAGCAGCUCACCAAGGUCCACAAGCAGCUGGUUCGAGACAACGCAGACCUUCGCUGCGAGCUGCCGAAGCUGGAGAAGCGUCUGCGUGCGACGGCGGAGCGAGUCAAAGCCUUGGAGACCCACCUGAAGGACGCCAAGGAGAACGCCAUGAGGGACCGCAAGCGCUACCAGCAGGAGGUGGACCGCAUCAAAGAGGCCGUCCGGGCCAAGAACAUGGCCAGGAGGGGGUUCUCCGCACAGAUCGCAAAGCCCAUCCGACCAGGACAUCACCCGCUGUCAUCCCCCAUCAGAACCUCCAUCAGAGCCGGAGGCGCUUACACCCACAACAUAUAAAAACCCUACAGACCAUAACUAACCGACGCAUGCUCGCCGCCCCCCACCUGGAACCACGAACCCCGCCCCUCCUGCUGGAGCACCAAUGGGAGGCCAUCACGACAGACUGUCACCGCUCAGAGAAGCAACAUCCAUAGUGUAUAUAAACAUAUUUAAUUAGCUGGGCCUCAUUUAGAAAAAUGUUAAAUUACGCUUUUAGGGAAAAAAAACCGACUAAUUUUCUGUGAUUCUCCUGAUUUGAUUUCAUAAUGAUGCAUUUUGUUGCAUAAUUAGAAGCGUACCGUUUAUAAAUGAGGCCGAGUUUCGAUCUGAAAGACUUGUUUUGAUUAUGAUUUAUGAUUGUGACUAUAAGCUUGGCAGAACAAGUAGAUAUUUAGGGUUAUAAUUUAAUCUUAAACCAGCAUUCAUUCAUUUAAAGGAAUAGUUUGACACUUUGGGAAACUGAAAAUGUCAAAGUCUUCCUUUAAAGGGAGAGUUUGGGUGUUUUGAAGUGGGGUUGUAUAUGACAGUCACGCCAUCGCAGCUAAAUCCUUUGAGUUUCUCACCUCGAUAUAGUUGAAAGUUACAGCUAGAGUUAUAAAAUUAAGGUGGAAAUGACAUUCAGCCACUUUGUGCAGACAAAAACAUAUCGUCACACAGCUUGUUAAAUUGUGUGUUGAAGCAUUUUUACCCCCUCUAGUUGCAUUUCUAUACUAACACCUAACACCUACGCUAAUACCUUGUGUUGUAUUUGGAGUUUUUGCCACUUUUUGUUACCUCUUUUGUCUCCCUAGAGGUGAUAAUCAUCGAAAAACAAACACUACGAAGCUAAAAUAACAAAAGUACGUCCCCUAUUGAUGUAUGUGUCAGUAGGAAGCAGAAUGUUAAAUGACUGUAGGCCUCGAAAUUCAUAAAUGGACAUCAUGUUUUAGCUCUUUUUUUGUUACUUAAGGUGUCCCAGGAUUAAAUUACAAUUCUCGAAGCUGCUGUAAAGUGGAAAGUGAGUGUAUCUGUCGUCCUGCAGGGACACUGACCAGCCAAUCAGGCGUCCCCAGGACUCAGAGAACUUAUAAUAGAAGAACUACAGCAGGAAAAAUUGGAAAAUCUGCUUUCAAAUCUUACAUUUUUUCAGGACGACGAGUCUGCACUCACUGUGUAAAGCUCCUGACCAGCCAAUCAGAGACCUUAAAAACACAGAGAUUAUCAUUAUUAUCCUGUUUUUCACUCUUUGUGCCUUUUAGAAACACCUGAACUUGUAUAUUUACACAGGUUUUGCAGAAUAACUUCCACUUCCUGUUUAAAAGAAAUUGAAAGCAUUAGAUUGUAAUCGAUGACCCCUCUAAUCAAAGAUAUAUUAGGUGUCUGUGCUGCUUCGUCUUUGCCAGUUUAGCAUGUUUUUGAAUGCACAAUAUUAUCUAAAGAUGGUACUUUUAGUUGUUGAGAGCGGCAAUACGAAGGGCAACUUUUUAUCCAGAUGUUGCCACGACUAUCAGCGUCUUUAUUUGAUGUUUAAUUGUGGCUGUUUUGAGAGAGCUGCAGUCACACUGAUGAAUAAAUGAAUGUAACUGCAUGGAGCUUGUGUUAAAGGCAUGCUCAGGGAGGACUAAUUUGUAUACAUUUACCUCAUCAUGAUGUAUAUUUUGAGUUGUUUUUUUAAGUUCGGCUGUGGCAUCAUAACUCUGAAUAAACCUACAACUGAUGCAAUUAAAGCUAAUAAAGAUAUUUAACUUUCA